CCACCAAGACGGGGGGUGGUGAACGUGAAUGAAGAAUUGGAAGACAACGUGUUCUGUACAUGUAUUUAUAUUUCUUUGUUUUUCUGCUUGUUUCAACAACUGUUUAUCUUGUGGCUAAGAAUGAGUCGUAAGCAAACGCCAAGUGACUUUUUAAAGCAGAUCAUAGGUCGUCCCGUGGUUGUCAAGUUGAACAGUGGCGCUGAUUAUAGAGGUAUCAUUUAUACAGUUCAUUACUACUGGGUUCAUUUUUUCACCUGAAAACAAUAUUUCCUCAUUGAUUCUAGACGUAUCGUAAUGUUUUAGGUGUUCUAGCCUGCCUUGAUAGUUACAUGAACAUUGCCUUAGAGCAGACAGAGGAGUAUGUUAAUGGACAGGUAAAAUAUUUGGUCAUGAAUACAUUAUGUAUAAUAGAAAUGUACAGUUAAGGGGCCGAUUACAUGGAGCAUUUUCAACCCUGGGGUUGAACUCAGCCCUGUUAACUGGGUUGAAAUUUUUUGCGAUUACAUGGACGAUUUCAACCCCGGGGUUAAAACGUUAUACUAUACGUUCUCGGCAUCGAUUCGCGGAAAUAAAAAAGCCUUUAUUUUGUUUUCUUGUAAUAAAUACUGACUCUUCCACAGUCCCUAACACUGCUUCUAAUGCAAAGGACCAUGGGAAUGCCCCCCAUCAAUCAGCGCGCGUUGGGUCAUUCAACGCGCAUUAGGUAAGCGACUGGGGACGAGUCAGUAAUAAAUAGUCACUACCACGCAUGCUCGAAUAACUCAUAAUUUCAGCCCUGGGUUGAAACGACAUGACAAAAUUUUAGAGUUUUGUAUUACAGACAGGGCUGAGAUUUCAACCUGGUAAACAGGGCUGAGUUCAACCCCGGGGUUGAAAAUGCUCCAUGUAAUCGGCCCCUUAACCUGUGGGGCAUGUCAGUUUAUACGUUACAGCCAUAGAGUCCCUGCCCCAUCAUCUGUAUUCUGAAAAUCGUUGGCAUGAGGUUGCAUAUUGUUCAUCUUUGGCAUAUGGUGAGCAUGGAAUACACUCUGGUAUCUGGUGCACCCAUCUGCAUGGAAAGCUACAAAUCUGCCCUCUGAUCACUAAAACAAGUUGUUUUUGAAUCAAAACAUUGAGGAAUGCAGCUACAUUCCUAAUAUUCCUUUGAUAAUGCCAACAUAUGAAUGGUGUACAGGAAAUUGUGCUAAAAUUAGCUAAUAGUUUGACAUUCCCGAACGAUUGACACAGAAACAACACAUGUUUUAUACAGAGGAAGCAUCCAUGGUUUUUUGGUAAUUUAUUCAAUAAAAUGUUGACCAUGUUUCAGAAUGCAAUCCAACGUUGAUUGUUUCCUUUCUAAUUUAGUUGAAAAAUAAAUAUGGUGAUGCUUUUAUUCGUGGAAACAAUGGUGAGCCUGAAAAUUGUUAAUAUUUUGAAAACUAAAAUAAUUUUGGUGUCUGAAUAAUCUUUUAACAUCUUGCUGCAGUGUUGUACAUCAGCACCCAAAAGUCAAGAAGAUAGAAGCGAAAGAUUAAAGCCACUUGGAACUUGUGUGGAGAAAUUGUGUGAUGUUAUGAAAUUGGGAAAUACUUGUGUUGUUGCAUGUGAAUGACUUGUAUCUAUACUACCAUACUUCAUGAAAUGAUGAAAUCUUCAUAAAAUGUGGAAUUACUCAGCUAGGUAUAACUAUAAGAAACAUGUAUCUGCGACAGGAGGUGUGCGGAUAUUAAAUAUAAUUUAUAUUAACAAAGAUUUUAAGUUGUAAAUAUUGAUAUGUUUCUAAAGCUUUGCUUCCAUUAAUUUAAAAAAUUCUCAAUUUAAGUACAGGUAUCCUAAUUAGUUGAAAUAGUAUUAUGUUCUUUCAUUUUCUAUAAUUAAUCUAACAGCCUCAGUGAUAUUUUCAACAUUGUAGUCUGGAGUUCUCAUGUUUGGUUGAAAUAUAACAUCUUUAUGAACGUGAUCUGGCAUCUCAACCAAAGUCUUUAAGUUGCCUUUCGAGUGCACUCCUGUUGCAACCAGUACUGAAAUGACAUUGGCAACAUUUGUAGAAUGAAUAUUUUCAGAUUCUGCGAGUGAAUGUUUGAUGUGUUCUUUAUACAAAUUUCCUCCAUAGAUGUCUGUGUCUGGGUUGUCUCUAAAACAGAAAUACAUUCAUUUAGAUGUUUCAUUGGCCAGGGUCACAUUCCAAGAAAGGUUCACACUCCCCCUACAGAGUAAAUUUCUGCCAUCCGGAUUGAGGGGGAGGGGAAAAAUUGUUUCUGAUAAUAGUUAGUGUAUAUUAGGAUCGAAUUCCGAAGAGGGUAGAGGGGUUUAACUUGCAAUUUCCUCCAUGGGGGGAGGUAUGGAUAUUUUCUGGAAUGACCCAUUUUGCUUGAAAAAAUGUCAAUAGUCCUGUCAAUAGCUAAUAAUAAUACUUUGACAUAUCAGCAGAAAAAGGCGUAGGAAUAUAGUUGCAAUUCUGAAUGUUUUGACACACAGCAUGAUUUUUGGUUGAGAUGAGACGUUCUAGCAAGACCAUGAACUUACCCUAUUACAUAAAUCCUUUUCAGGCAAUUUGAUGUCUCAACACUAAAUUUACUCUGCAAAUAUUUUUCAAUAAUUCUCUCAGCAUACUUGUACGUUAUCAAAAAUGGUUUGCCAGUAAUCAUCCCAUAGUUUAAUGAAUGGCCAGUGAUUUUCUAAAAAAAGAUAUAAAAUUUAAUAUAGAAUGUAUUUGCAUAUAAUGGAAGCAUUAAAUAUCAUACCUGAUACAGUGACUCUAGACACAAUAAGAACGCACCAUGACCAAAUCUGAAGAAAAUGUGCAAUAUAUUAUGUAUAGAAUAUAUUUGCUUGAGAGCACUAAUUAGCCUAAACACCCGGUCACACUACACAACGAUAAUUGGCAAAACAAUUGUGUUAGUGUCCACACUACAAUGAAAAAAUUAUCGUUUGACUAUAACAAUUUUAAAAUCACUCACCGGAGCGUUUUUUUUUUCAGUCGGACGAUAACGAUAAAUUUUUGACCAGCGCAUGUAUACAAGUUAUCGUUGUGUAAUGUGACCUGGGCUUUAGGAUAAUGGUGUGAAGUUCAACAAUGACCUUGGAUAUAAUUGAAUCCUGUUGAGUCAACCUCAAGGUUAAUUGUUUCAUGUGUCUUCAAGCAGAUGGAGAAAGUGUCAUAAACUAUCCUACCGUGGUAAGGGUGCCUCGGCCAUCCAUAGUAGGUCGGUAUUACAGGCAACCACAGGAAUAUGUUGAUCAGGGAUGUGGUCAAGACGUUUAGACGGGUUGCCGUUUGAAACCAGCAAAUCUACACACAACUGAAGAGCACUUUCCCAUCUUACUGGUUCUCCCAAUAAAACAAUGCCUGUAGAAAUAUGAUAAAAAAUUAUUUUAUAUUGUAACCAUAAUUUUAUGAUUCAUAUUUAACCACUGUGGUUUGGG